AUGACCCCAACACGUCUACACGACCCCAACACGUCUACACGACCCCAACACGUCUACACGACCACACCACGUCUACACAACCACAACCACGUCUACACAACCCCCAACACGUCUACACGACCCCAACACGCUACACGACCACAACCACACCACGUCUACACAUUCACGACCCCACCACUUCUACACAACCACAACACGUCUACACAUUCACGACCCCAACACGUCUACACGACCACAACACGUCUACACAUUCACAACCCCAACACGUCUACACGACCACAACACGUCGACACAUUCACGACCCCACCACUUCUACACAACCACAACACGUCUACACAUUCACGACCCCAACACGUCUACACGACCACAGCACGUCUACACAUUCACGACCCCACCACUUCUAAACAACCACAACACGUCUACACAUUCACUACCCCAACACGUCUACACAACCACAGCACAGUCGACACAUUCACGACCCCAACACGUCUACACAACCACGACCCCAACACGUCUACACAUUCACGACCACAACACGUCUACACAUUCACAACCACAACACAUCUACACAUCCACGACCCCAACACAUCUACACAUUCACGACCCCAACACGUCUACACAUUCACAACCACAACACGUCUACACAUUCACAACCACAACACGUCUACACUUUCACGACCCCAACACGUCUACACAACCCCAACACGUCUACACAUUCACGACCCCAACACAUCUACACAUCCACGACCCCAGCACUUCUACACAACCACAACACGUCUACACAUUCACGACCCCAACACGUCUACACAACCACAUCCCAACAACUGA